AUCGUUUGAUAAGUCUGGAAGUGCCUUUCACUACUCAUUAUGGCACUUACGGAAAAGUACACAGGAAAACUGACUGAAGCAUUGGUAUUAGCUAGAACCCGGGCCACAGAUCUUGACAGCGUAUGCAAACUAAACUGUUGGGGUUCCAGCAUCAAAGAUGUCAGUAUUGUCCGCCAGAUGCCAAGUCUGGAAGUCUGCAGCUUAAGUGUCAAUGAAGUCGACACUUUGAGGGAUUUUGCACAUUGCCCAAACCUUCAAGAAUUGUACAUUAGAAAAAAUAAUGUAAAAUGUCUAACAGACAUCCAAUAUUUAAAGAAGUUACCCAAACUGCGAGUGUUAUGGCUGUCUGAGAAUCCAUGUGCAGCAGGAGAAAACUACCGCAUGACUGUCUUGAAAACUCUGCCAAACUUACAGAAACUUGAUAACAAAGCUGUGACAGAAGAGGAAAUUAACCUGGCACUGGAUGAAGGAGAGGAUCUGCACACCUUACCUUUGACCCCUCCUGCAACACAACCAAUCAAAUCACUUCUAUCAGAUCAACCUCUGCAGAAACUAGAAGUAGUAGAAGUAAACCAACCUGCAUCAAAACCAACUGAACCUGUUCAUACUGACUCACAGUUGGAGAAUGGUGAUGCACGUGGAGAUGCAGCACAUGUCGAUGAGGUUGCUGCUGCAGGGACAGUCACACAACAGACAGAGUCUGGUGAUUAUAAUGAUGCAGAUAAGCCCCUUGACCGAGUGACCACAACAAGGCAGGACGUCCAGGAGACAGAUUCACCCCGAGACAGUGUCAACACUGCAGCGUCACAAGGGGAUACUCAGUGUGUGGAAUCAUCAAGAGACAAGGUCAAGGAGGAGGCAGUCACACUCAGCUGGGAAGAAACUAAUCGAAUUCGGGAGCAACUAGGCCUGAAGCCAUUACCAAAAGCUAAGAUAAUCACACCAAGAUCAUCCUCUACAAGUCUCACCAAAUCCAGAAAUGCUAACAUCCUGCAGUCUGUCCUGUUACUGGUCCGGGAACUCGACAGGGACAGCCUUGAGGUUGUACACUCUGCAAUCAAAACACGGAUGGAAGCAUUAUGAAAAUCACAGCACACCAACAUUUUCCAACUACAGAACAGGAGCCUCAAUAUGUGCAAAUGGAAUUAAUAUAAGGAUUGAACCAUGUAAUAUUCUGGAGGGAGGCCAGGGGAUAUGUUUUGAGAAAGGAUUUAUUUUAAUCACUUCUAUACAUACAAUUCUCCGGAAGGAGGAGUCAUAGAAUCAGUUUUACAAUUCAUUUUUUUUCAGGACACAGCUUAUCCAGUAAACAUUUUGUUUCUCUUUUCAGUAUCAUUUUGAACAAAUUAGUUUUUUUUCACCUUUUCCAACCCUGUAUCAAGUGCACCCCACCCCCAGAAUAUCAAAUGGUCUGCCCCUAAAAGCAGCAAGAACUAUUAUCAAUGUGUUACUGUAGUGGAAUACCAUGAUACAAGGAGUCUCCCGUCCCUCACAUUGAUGAGAUUACCACUACAUAAGUCCUGAGAUGGUAUGUUCAUACAAUACUUGAA